CCACGGCUCCGGGAUCAUCUGCAAGCAGGAAGUCGCUAACACUCGCCUCGCAGCAUACGAGGCCCCGCCUGCUUCUGCGUCUACUUCACAGCCGUAGCCCGGCGCCUGCAGGCCCCAAGCAAGACGCAUCCGCCCUGCUUUGCCGCGUUGCCGUAGCCUGCUUUUAACCAUGGCUAACUCGGGCGACGAGUACCAGUCAAGUCACGGCGGCGCAGAACUCCCAGAGUCCGACGCGACCUAUGUACUAACAGGCUGGGCUGUACCGUCAAGAGAAGGCAGUGCUGCUCCGUCACCCUACCAGGAGCUUCUAGCGCAGAUGCGCGUCACCCCUGCCUCGCACUUGAUUCGCACAAGAGCUUUCCAGCAGUGGUGGGCUGACAACCAACCGGAGCGUGACCCGGUCGCUACAGAGCAAAUUGCGGAUGCAGUUCGUCUGGCGGAUGGCUUUCCAAUGCCAGGCGAGGUACCGGCAGGUAUGGGUCGCUGGGAAUGGCUCGAAGAGGCCGACAGCUGGCGCGCCCGAGCGACUGGAUACGUGACCCACGAAGCAGUAGAGCAAGCUCGCGCUGCCGGCCGCUUCACCGAUGGCUACGAUCUGAAGGCGGGACCAAUCGCUGUGUGGUACCCGGACUCGCGAUACUUUAACCCGAGGAACAAGUCGAUAAAUAUAACACCAGGCCGGUUCCAGUUCCACACCACGGCAGACCAUGCGCUUGCACGGAUCAAUUUGGGAGGUCAAGAGGGUUUCGGCUUUGAGAACAAUCCAGACCCUUCAGCGGAAGAAGUCUGGCGUCUGCAGCGGGAAUACGAUCAGCGCUUCGACCCUGAAGAGGGCGACCUGAGUCCAGUUGGAAACAUCAACAUCGUCUUCGCUCCAUAUAUUGUCGAUGUUGAUCACUUCCUCGGCGUCAUCGAGGAAUUCCUUUCCGGGGAAGAAUCGGACGACAGCGAUGAUGAAGUCGAUGGCAUAAGGACAGGCACCGCUGCCGGCCAACGUGAUGCCGUCUCCGGUCUUCUUCAUGAUCCGCUAAAACGCGGUGAGAACGACCAGACUGGUGUUUUUGGCCGGGCACAGUAUCAGACUCGCCUGCUACCAGACAAGACGCCGAAUGCUAAGUCCUACACCGUCGACCGCUCUGGGGCUCACCACGGCGAGCGUGAGGAUUGGAAGACUUGGGCUUGCGACAAGCGAGGCAAGUGGGUCCAGUACAAAUCCAAAGAGCUUCUCGACUGGAAUGAUAAGGCUUCCGUAAAUAAGCUCAACAAGUGGCGGGAGCAGAUCUACUCUCGCCACGGAUGGAGCAACAAGCGCGAUAUCCAUCGUGUCGUUUACACCAGAAGUGAGAAGGAGUGGUUGUUCGACUUCGUUAAGAGGGCGGAAGGCAAAGAGAUUCGGCAGAACAUCACCAAGUUGACGAAGAUGUUCAACGAGAAGUUCGCUGCAUCACAACAGAAGCGCGAUCCGUCCGGGAUCGCUACGUGUCUUCACCGUCUUCGGCAACAGUACGCUCAGUACAGUGGUGAGAUGAGACCGGAGCGUGAAACUGGCAAUGGCAAGGCGACAAGACAGAGGUCUGCGAAGACUGCCAGUGCGAAAACCAGCCAGAAGAGGAAGGCUGGAAGGAAGGCGAGGCGUGGCAAGGCAAAGAAGCCAAGGGUGGAUCAAGAGAGUGGGGAGGAGAUUGUCUCGGAAGUGGAGGAAGGUGAUGCAGAGGAGUAGACGGCAGGUAACGUGCUGCCUGCUCAACCUUGUCGAAACCAUGGCCGCUAUGUCUCCGCCAUUGCCAAGUUGGCAGCAUAGGGAUUAACGAGCACGCUGGGUAAUG